AUGACCAGAAAUCCUGAGCGUAGUCAAUCACCAUAUUACAGUUCUAGUGAUGAUGAUAAUUCUUCAUUGGAAUAUCUGACCUCAGGUGAUGUUAGUGAUAAGUCUAGUAUUAUCGUAUAUGAAGAAGUUCCUGAACAAUAUUAUGGGGUAACAUCACCAUAUUACGAUAAUGAGCAUUCAGAGGAAGGAAGUAAUCUUGUUUUCGGACCUGAUGUAGAUCGAGUCUUAAACCAUAAUUCUGUUAUCCUUCCAACCCCUAGAAUUCAAGAUCUAGGAAUGAGAAAAGUGACAAAGUAUCCGACAGAAUUCCAAAAGCCAAUUAGUACUUCACACCCAUACACUCCAUUUAAAUCAAUUGUAAUGGUUGCAAAUUCUAUCCAGCUUCAGGAAGGUUUUCCUAUGGUUUAUUUUCCUGAGGUUCUCAGUUCUCAUGAUAUCAUGCUGACUGAAUGGCAAAAGUUCCUCGAUGAAAUGAAAUUGGCUGCAAACCCAACUCUUGGGAGUCAAUAUGAAUCGAAUUACCCUUAUUUGAAUAGGACAUCGAAUGUUGGACAACGUAGAAAGAAAACAUCAAGUAUUUCCAGUCUAUCGCUGUUGAUUGAAAGAAGAGGAAGAAGAGAUGGCAGGAGUAAUGGAGCCAUAUGUCUGCUUUUUAAAGUAGGUACAGAAUAUCUCACUACUAGACGAGAACGAGAAAUCGGACAUCCAUAUUACAAUACACAAGCUCAAAGGUUUGCCAACUAUGAACGUGAUAUUGAUUACUUUGAUUUAAAUUCAAUUGAUACAUUAUCAUCUGUGAUACACAAUUGGAAUGUAAUGUUUUUCAAUAAUAGAAGUAUCAACAUAUGUCUUAAACUCCCAAGUGAUGUUCAGGCCGAUUACGACCACGCAUCAAACGCCUUUGGAAGAAGAGAUGCACGUUUAGUAAGCACUCAAUUAGAUCAAGACGGCGGGGACGCAUCAUUCAAGAAAUGCAGAUUGGUAAUUAGCAGUUUAUAA